AUGACUUUGCUUCACCUUCCGCCGGUUCUUCCAUUGCCGGCGAGAUCUCUUAGCUCUCUCUCUGUUUUCGACCGCUCUUCCUCUUCGCUGAUGGUAUCGGAGCGACCUGCAGAGCUCUUGAGGACGGAGCUCUCGUCUCUACCGUUCAACUCACCGGAGCAACCAAGAUGUGCGUCGAGCCUCUCUCACUUCGGAGUGAGCCACCCUGGCGCUGCCGCAACCUCCGCCGAAACCACCGGAUCUGUCAGAACGACGGCUGCGCUCUAA